AUACAAAACCCUAAACCCUAAUUUCUGGUCUAUUUAUGCCAGCCACCACUCUCAAUUCAUUCAUGCGCCUGCUUCAUCGUCAUCCUCUUCCUCAAGCUUAGGAACCUGAUAUUUGGGUAAAUUUGUUACAAUGUCAAAUCCAAAGGUUUUCUUUGAUAUUCUAAUUGGAAGAAUGAAAGCUGGAAAGAUAGUAAUGGAGCUGUUUGCUGAUGCUACCCCAAAAACAGCUGAAAAUUUUAGGGCACUCUGCACAGGAGAAAGGGGAAUUGGGCAAUGCGGUAAACCUUUACACUAUAAAGGUUCUGGUUUUCAUCGUAUUAUUCCAGAGUUUAUGUGUCAAGGAGGAGAUUUUACUAAAGGGAAUGGUACUGGAGGAGAGUCUAUUUAUGGGUCUAAAUUCGCAGACGAGAAUUUCAAGCUGAAACAUACUGGACCUGGUAUUCUUUCCAUGGCAAAUUCUGGACCCAAUACUAAUGGUUCUCAAUUUUUCAUUUGUACUUCAAAGACUCAAUGGCUUGAUGGAAAGCAUGUUGUAUUUGGCAAAGUGGUCGAAGGAUACGAUGUAGUUCAGGCCAUGGAGAAGGUUGGUUCACAAAAUGGUAGGACAUCAGAGCAUGUUGUCAUUGAAGAUUGUGGACAAAUUAGUUGAAUAAGUAUAUCUGCUGAGAAAUAAAUUGAUUUAGAUUUCUCUUGAAAUCAUUAUAGUAGUUAUUUACUUACAAUUUCUUUGAUGAUUAAGCAUGUUUGAAUGAUUUUUCAUUGCUGCUGAUAUUUCAUAGCUGCUUAUGGGUUAGGAAAUAAUGUUUUU